AUGCUCUUGUAUAGCCCUGCACUGGCAAGGACGACGUCCAUGCCCUUCCUCGGCGACUACCAGCCAAAGCAUGGCUUGGCCCAGCUCAUCUCUCGUGUCCAAGGGGAGGAAAACGAUUCUGCUGUCAUGACCAGCCGGCAGUUUGAGAAGGCUUUGAGCCGCUCUGACGGAUGGAGCUCGUACUACGGCGACAGGGACAAAACGCUACAUAAGGGUAGCAGCAAGGGCACAGCCGAGACCUGA